UAAGUGCGAAAAUGUGAAGUACUAUGGCCAUGUUUGAAAAUUACAUUUGAAGCGGAGAUGCCUUCCUCAAAAAUGAUAUCUAUGGUGUAACAAUCUUUGGAAGGAGAAUCGAUCUGAAACCACAUAACAGCAUACACGAUUAUCGAUCAAGGAUACGUAAACAGCCUGUAGUAUAGUCGUGCACACGCUGUGACCAGGCCACUUAGCGUAUGUUUGUUUAGUACCUUUUACGACUAUAUUCGUCUGGGCAUGUGUUAGGUUACGGAGGAGCCAGUGUCUAGCGUAUAGUUGAGGAUUGGAUGGCACGGCGCCAUACUUCGAGAGGGUCAUUUAUAACUGUUAUCGUGAGACUUACUAGGCCACUUACUACCUCCACUAUGUCUAUUCUUCACCCCUCUCCUAUUUUACAGAAAGAAACUUAAUUUUCUAUAAAUGAUCUAUUCCUUUCUUGAUGGACAAAAAAUGGAAUGAGCUGAGACGACACAUCGUGAAUUAUUGAACUAAAAUAGAAUAAUUUAUAGAAAUAUAGAAUUAGAAUUGUUAGUUGUAUUGUUUUCUACAAAAUCAUCAACAAUGACUUCCCAGUUGAGAAACUAUAGGAAAGUAGAGAAGAUUAUUUUAUGUAAAAUAUAUAAUUGUUGCCGGGCCAAUUACAAACCUGUUUUCAUUAGCUUUAGAACUUGUAACUGUAAUAACUGUGCACACGAUCCUAAUCCUUUGUUCUCGCAAAGCAACUUUGAGUGGUGAACUGACUGAACUUUGGACACAUAAUGCUUACAGUUGGUAAUAUGCUAGCAUUACAUAAACCUACGUGAUAACUAUGCAUAGGUAAAUUUUCAUCUUUAACAUUGCUAAGUAUAAUUUCUGUCACGAUGUAUAUGUAAGUAUAUUUUCAACUUAUAUUUAUCAUAGAAAUAUAUUAAUUUCAAUAAAUGACACUUAAAUAGUAUACGAGUCGUUUAAUAAGUUGUAAACGAAGAUAAAACUGGUAACAUCUAUUGAAGCUCUUCAUGUUUAUCGAACAACAAACGCAGAAUAAUCGAUAUCACUUUUGUGAUUAUCCUGCAGAUUAUAGCAGAAUUUUAUUUAUUACAACACGUGAAACGAGAGAGCGUCGCGACAUUGGUGUUGCAACCAACAGCUGAUCGUUAUUGGGGACAUUUCUCAUCGCUUUUUUCUCUGUCGCUUAGAGGCGCAGCACUUAAUUCUAAUAUGGAAAUAUGUCGUGCACUCCGCAAGCCGACGAUUAAUGCGAAUAAAUCGAUUUUUGGCGUAGAGGUACGACGGUUGCCGCCAAAUCCUGGAAGCUACGCCAAGUGGCGGAAACACGGGAAUUCCAUCUGGAUUUACUAAGAUCAGUGCCAUUUAAUGUGGGGCUCGAUAAAUCCCUUAAAAGCUGGUGGUCCGCAAGAAGACGGCGCAUUACAAUUUUCCAGAAAGGAGAGUGGCGAACGUCUAGAAGAGACGCAGACAAAUCUGCAAAUGCAAGGCUUCAGGUGCCAAAUGCUUUCAUCGUAUAACCCAAUUAGAAGCGUCCUAGGCGAACCUGUGGCGCGGGGCGUCAUUCUACUGUUGAAAAUCAUCGUGACAAGGUGCGUCAUCGGUCGAGUGCGAAAUUUUAACUGCGCAAUUAUCGUUCUGUGAAUUGUAAUUCUUGUGUUCUGUGAAUUGUGACUUAUAAAGGAAGCAUGCAUAUCUCAUGACGAUUUAUAGCCAUAUCAUGACAUAUCAGAUAUUAACUCGCAAGGAGCAUAAAUAAAUAAAUACGAGAAAGAUUUGGAUUCCACCUGAAUGAAAGGAAAUGGCUAGAAGUCCAGAUGGAAUAGUAACUUUGGAAGACAAUACCGGAAGGCGAAAUGUGCCUAAUUGUUUCCUUCCCAUCUAUUCAUCUUCUCUUUCAUCACGCCAGAAGUUGUUAUGUAUUGCAAAAACGGGGCAAGAUCUUGUGUCUCCAUCUUCACGGAUUCAUCAUAAAUGGGUGACGGUGGCGGGAACGAGCAACGUGGGACCGCACGGUGGAAGAGGAGGCGGGAAGGGGGAUCCCCUCGCAGCAGGGUUGUCGAGGAGGUGGUGCGUGGUGCGGAGGAGGCGGGACAGAGGGUGGCGGGAAAGUCGCAGGAAGCGAGAAGGGAGGAGGAGGAGGAGGAGGAGGAGGUUUGGAGAGAGAACACAAGGCCGCAAGGCUGUGUGUGUGUUUGUUGUGCUGAAGGAGAAAACGGGAAGAACGUCGUCGAAAAGAAGAGAAACGGGGGAGAAAGUGUGCGGGAGAAAGAAUAGAGAAAGGUAGGGAUAACGUGUGCCGUUGACGUGAUUACGAGUGACGUGACGUGACGUGACGUGACGUCGAGGCGUCGAGAUGCUGCUGGAUGAGAUGGCCGCCUCCGUUCACACGCUGCUGUCACUACUUCUCGUCCUCGGUGGUUGUACGAUGUGCACCGGCAGGAUCACGAAUCAGGAGAUAGUGACAAUGACAGAUGCGGAGGCAGUGGCAGGUGCAAUUGCUCAGUUACCAUGCGACGUGGAACCUCCAGUCCCCGGGGACAAGCUGCAUCUAGUUAUUUGGUACAAGGAGGAAGCAGACGCACCGAUAUACAGUUUCGACACGAGAGGUCGAAGCAACCUGGAACAAGGGAAACACUGGCAGGAUAUCAGCCUCGAAAAUCGUGCCUUCUUCAGAUAUUCAGAACACCCCGCGAAACUCAUUCUCGAGAAAGUCGGUGAGAGCGACGCCGCCGUUUACAGAUGCAGGGUCGAUUUCAAGCAAUCCCCCACCAGAAACAGCAAAGUGAAUCUCACGGUUAUCAUACCGCCGGAACAGCUUAGCAUAUUGAACGAGGAUGGAACGUCUCAUAUUCCCCAUUACAUCCUGGGCCCGUACACCGAGGGCGCAUCCCUGAAUAUUACCUGCGACGCUACUGGUGGUCGACCUCAGCCAAGAGUGACGUGGUGGCAAGAGAACGCUCUCCUCGACGACACUUACGAAACUAUCGAAACGAAGAAGGUACGGAAUGUGCUGCGAUUGGAAAAGUUGGGCCGCGAGCAUCUGAACACGGUUUUAACUUGUCAAGCUUCGAAUAACAACAUGGUCGCUCCGAUUUCCAGUUCUGUUGCCCUCGAUAUGAAUCUGAAACCAUUGUGGGUCCGUAUGCAAGGGAAGAACCGUCCAUUUAGCGCUGGCACCAUAUACGAGAUCACUUGUGAAGUGGUUGGGGCUAGGCCGACGCCGAAAAUCACGUGGUCCAAGGGUAGCACGAUACUGAAGGACGCCAGACAAACGAUAAGCCCCGACAACAACAUCACCAUCAGCGUCCUCACGUUCGUGCCGAGUAUCGAGGAUGCGGGCAAGUUCCUCUCCUGCCAUGGGAGUGUGCAGAAUAUCCAGGAUUCCGAGAUGAAGGACGAGUGGAAGCUCGACAUAUACCACGAGCCGGUGGUUACCCUCGAGCUCGGCAGCAAUUUGAACUUGAGCGCAAUCCGCGAGGGUAUCGACGUUUACUUCGAGUGCAAUAUCAAGUCGAAUCCGUGGGUGUACAAGGUCUCCUGGCGGCACAACCGUAAUCCGUUGUAUCAUAAUCAAGCAACUGGAACCAUAAUCAGUAAUCAAAGCCUGGUACUGCAAAGCGUGACUCGCAGUAGAGCUGGGAUAUACACGUGUAUUGGCAGCAAUCAGGAAGGCGAUGGAGAGAGCAAUCCACUGAAUCUGGACAUCAAAUUCGCCCCAGUUUGUCACCACGGUCAGAUAAAGGUAUUCGGUGUGGCGCGGCAGGAAACCGCGAGGAUACCGUGCGAGCUCGAGGCAAAUCCACCGGAAGUAACGUUUACGUGGAAGUUCAAUAACACAAUGGAGACGAUCGACAUACCUCAAGCACAAGUCAUCAGCGAGCGAACACGUUCCACGGCCUCUUACACACCAAUGACCGAGUUAGACUAUGGCACUCUGCUUUGUUGGGGUACAAAUGAGCAGGGAACGCAACUUGAACCCUGUGUCUAUCACAUUGUCCCAGCUGGUCACCCGGACACACCGCGCAAUUGCUCUCUUUUGAACCAGACAAUAGACUCGCUGUACGUGGAGUGCAUCGAGGGGUUCGACGGUGGUCUGCCGCAGAAGUUCACGAUACAGGUGGACCGCGAGUCGGGAACAAGCAGCACAUCCUCGAAACCGAGCACCACGGUUUACAAUCAAACGAGCAAAGUGGCAUCGUUCUCGGUCGGAAAUCUCGAGCCGGGGACCACCUACGACGUCCACAUAUACGCGAGCAACAGCAAAGGUCGAAGCGAGACCGUCCACUUCCGUGCAACCACCCUGAAUCUGCCCGAAAGGCGAACAGGUGAGAAGCUGGCGCAACCCCCUCCCCCGGAGAAUUGCACGAUCAGGGAAGAGAGUCGGACGACGGUGAGGGUGAGCUGCGCCGAGAGCGAGUUCAUCGACCCCCGGACUGCCACCUAUGUCCUCCAGGUCUUCGACGCGGACACCAGGCGUCUUUUGGCCUCCGCGACUAGCAUGACGCCUAGCAUGCUCGAGAUCACCGAUCUGCCCGCUGAGAGGAGUUACUCGGGCCUGGUUCUCUCGCUGAGGAUCAUGACGGAGCACGCGAUGAGCGACGCGACGGUCCUUCACAGCCCGCACUAUGUUCAGGAGGGUAAGAUAAAGGAGCACCAAGCAUACCCAGCUCUCACGCCAAAGAUACUGUCCCUGUCCGGACCACUGUUCGGCAUGGUAGUCGGAUCGACGGCAGGUGUUCUACUAGUGGGCUUCGUGAUAACCCUGGCGGUGAAAUUACGGCUUCGAGCAAGGUCUCAGGAGGACAAGGACUCUCACGACGACGGUGGCAUGGCAAACCUGGCCGCGUCCGGUACCGGCAGCUCCUCUCCACGUGAUAAAUCGUCGACCCUGCCUCUCAAUUCCGACAGCAUCGAGAGUUUCGAGAAGGAUCCAGAUAUAAUUCCUCACGCUAACGAAAAUUCUUACUCUGAAUUGUGCAAGAGUACUUCACCACGUUACGUAUUACAUCAACCACGAUCGGAUGCAAGUACUUUUACCAAUACAAGCAACGGAUCAGAGUUAACGUACGCCGAGCUGUCGCUUCGGGGUAACCGACGAAUACCUCCUAAUUGUUAUCAGCCAGUACAGGUAUCCAAUAUUCAACGACCUCAACUACUGCCCAUGUCGACUCUGACGCGUAGGCAACCUAUCCAGGAACCGACGAUUUACGCGCAAGUCGCCAGUCAUUCUAAGCCGAUUUAUGUGCCACCUCCACAUCCAUACAUGAGUCGUAACAAUGACGAGACCACGGCAGAAACUCCAUUAAUCGGACAUGACAAUAAGAUUACUACCAUCAGCCAAUCUGGUAGCUCAAUAUGGCGUACCGAUACGCCACCAGUCUCAAAUGCACCAACGACAUGAUUCUAAAACUUUCGAUUACAUUCGAAGCAACGUUCUACUCUUAUAAACGUUUUUCCACGCACCGUUAAUUACAAAAAAAAAAAAAAGUUAAAUUCAUUUAAUAGAACAAGAAAAAAGAAACGAAAAGAAAAAGAAAAGACUAUCCCGCACGAUGUUCCUCGUAGAUCAUUUACGCGGAACGACGCGACGUGUAUGAUAUGUUAUCGUUAAACUUUCUCGUACAUAUGUUACAGAAGGUUCUCAAUAAAUAAUGAACGAUGAAAGUAAUAUAAAAACACACGCACACACACACCCACCCACCCACACAAAUGUUUGCGCGAAGUAUAAUACGAAUAUAUUAUAUAUGCUUUCCGAAUGAUUUGUAAUAGAGUUAUUAUUGAAACGCGGGAAUGAUCGUCUCGAAUCGCGAUGUCUCGAAACUUCUUGUCGAGAUAUCGAGAAUUACGAUAUCUCGAAUAGAAACGAAUUUUCUGUUUCGCGGAUAAAACAAUCGAUGGCGCAGUAGUAAUCGGCAGUAAUGGUUCUAAUAAUUGAAAAGUAUUAAUUUCGUUGAUCCUUCUCAACCGUCCGUAAAAGAAGGGAAAGAAAAAAAAAAAA